CCUUAUUCUUUGAACUACUAGGCGGCCAAUCCAUCCUUGGCCUAUUUGCUAUUCCAAAACGUCAUGCCGUUUCAACUAUCUCCUAUAGUGAGCGAACUCCGUCCAUGACUGUCCGACAGUCGCUCAUCUCUCGCACAAACAAACUACUGGACUUCCAAACCACCGCAACCACGACCACGAGCACAGGUACACUCACAACCAGCCCAUGGAACACUCGCCUAAGAGAACUAGCAAAGCAAUGCCAAUUCACCCAAGCUCUCACUCUCUACCGCCAAAUGCUCCGCUCUGGCGACCCACCCAAUGCCUUCACGUUUCCUUUCGUUCUCAAAUCCUGCGCCGCACUCUCUCUUCCAAUAUCCGGCGCGCAGAUCCAUUGCCACGUCAUCAAGACCGGGUGCAAGCGCGAACCAUUUGUACAGACUUCUUUGAUUUCAAUGUACUGUAAAUGCUCUUUUGUUGAUUAUGCACGCAAAGUGUUUGAGGAAAGUGGUGGUGAAUCGAGAAAGCUGACUGUUUGUUACAAUGCUUUGAUAUCUGGGUAUACGUUGAACUCGAGAUUUUAUGAUGGGGUUGUGUUGUUUUGUAAAAUGAGGGAAGCGGGUGUGUCAGUUAAUUCAGUUACGAUGUUGGGGUUAGUUCCUUUGUGCACGCUUCCUGCGCAUUUGGGUCUUGGAAUGUGUCUUCAUGGUUGUUGUGUGAAGUUUGGGUUGGACACUCAUAAUUCUGUAGCAAAUUGUUUGCUGACAAUGUAUGUGAAAUGUGGAGCGGUUGAUUAUGCGCUGAAGUUGUUUAAUUUGAUGCCUGAAAAGGGUUUGAUUACUUGGAAUGCAAUGAUUUCUGGAUAUGCUCAAAAUGGACUGGCUACCCAUGUUUUGGACCUUUAUCAUAAGAUGGAGUUGAGUGGGAUUCAUCCUGAUGCGGUGACGCUUGUCGGGGUUCUCUCAUCUUGUGCUCACCUUGGUGCCCAUAUUGUUGGUCGUGAGGUAGAACGGCGAAUACAGUGUAGUGGGUUUGGUUCCAACCCGUUUCUGAGUAAUGCUCUGAUCAAUAUGUAUGCUAGGUGUGGUAAUUUGGCAAAGGCUCGUGCUAUAUUUGAUCACAUGCCUGAGAAAAGUUUAGUUUCGUGUACGGCAAUCAUAGGUGGGUAUGGAAUGCAUGGACAUGGGGAAAUUGCAGUGCAGCUCUUUGAUGAGAUGAUCAGCAGUGGAAUCAGACCUGAUAAAGCUGUUUUUGUAAGUGUCUUGUCUGCAUGUAGUCAUGCAGGACUAACUGACAAGGGCAUGGAUUAUUUUGCUGCAAUGGAGAUGAUUUAUGGGUUGCAGCCAGGUCCAGAGCAUUACUCUUGCGUGGUGGAUCUUUUAGGCAGGGCUGGACGACUCAACGAAGCUAAGGAGCUCAUUGAGUCAAUGCAUGUAAAACCUGAUGGUCCAGUUUGGGGUGCCCUUCUGGGUGCCUGUAAAAUUCAUAAAAAUAUACAGCUAGCAGAAUUGGCUUUUGAGCGGGUCAUCGAGCUUGAACCUAUGAAUAUCGGUUAUUAUGUGUUGUUAUCAAAUAUAUACCGUGAAGCAGAGAAUUUGGAGGGGGUCGUGAAGGUUCGAGCAAUGAUGAGAGAGCGAAAACUCAGAAAAGAGCCUGGGUAUAGUUAUGUUGAAUAUAAUGGGAGGGUUCACCUUUUCUUGGCUGGGGAUGGAACUCACCCUCAAGCGGGGGAGAUACAUAGAAUGUUGGAUGAGUUGGAAAAUUUAGUGAAGGAAAAUGUUGGGUUUUAUAAGAAUGAUCAAGAACGAAGAAGUAACGAAGAACUUCUAAGUGGUAUGGGAAUGCACAGUGAAAAACUGGCAAUUGCAUUUGGGCUCUUAAACACUAGGCCAGGGACAGAGAUUGUUGUGAUAAAGAACCUGAGGAUCUGUGAAAAUUGUCACUUGUUUAUUAAGUUGGUUAGCAAGACUGUUGAUCGUCAAUUUGUUGUUAGAGAUGCAACUCGUUUCCACCAUUUCAGGAAUGGGAUCUGUUCUUGCAAAGAUUAUUGGUGAACCCCUUCAGAAUCAACAAGCCUUGGUGAAAGAGCAGCCUGUCAAAAUGUCUCAAAAUAGGGUACGUUAUUAUGCAUGGCUACGGGUCACGACUGGUUCAAGCUUGAAAUUUUUAAGUUGAACAGAAAUGUUGGAAAUUAAUGAAAAAAAAUAUUGUUUUAAUCCGCCUUACAAAAUACGCAGAGCAGUGCUUGUAUUUAUAUGCAGUUUGUAUCCAUCAGUUGUACAUGA